AUGGCAGCACCCUACUGGGGCCAACUGCCUGGGCCGAAAAUUGUCAGAGCUCAGCGCAUAUCAGAAGAAAGCUCGCUGGAUGCUCCACCACCAACAUCACAUAACCGCCGCGCUUCGGUGCAGACUGCGCUCACUGAUUCACCCUUCAGUCCGUCCUUCGAAUCUCCUGUCCCUUCUUCUGUAGUUGCUCAAGGUCUAGCCCCAAGGCCAGCCUCAUAUCAACGGCCACCUGCUUCCACGGACCAAACCUCAGCGAGGGCUCGACAUCGUGCUAAAAUUGCGCGGGCCGACGACUUUAGCGACGAGGAACCUAUUUCUCCUGAUAUAUCAAUUGCCCCCGACACAUCUCAUGGUCCUCCUCUAAGCUUUCGGCAACCUUACGGCGAGGGCCCAUCCCACAUCCAGGCCUCCCCCAGAAGAGACAGCCGCUCGCAGGAGCCAGCUUCUCCAAUUCGAAACAACAUGGAUCACAAGGAGGAGGAAUACGAACAAGAGCCAAACGGGCACAACUUGGCUGCCCAGGCUGAUGACAGCCAGUUCCUACAAGAAAGUGCUGAAAUUCUGACGAGGAAGAAUGGAGGGGGUUCACAACGUCGUAACAAAGGAGCACUGCCUAAAUCACCACUCCAGAGACUCGAGAUGACGCUCGACACCAUGACAAAAGAGGAAAAGCGAGCCCGUGUCGAAGCUGCGGAGCGUCGAGCCCGGGAAAGAUACGCAUUGAAGGCUGGAGGGGUCGCCCAGCCAGCUUCCUCACACAGUCGCAAACAAUCAGUGAGCCGUGAUAUCCCAAGGCUAGACCCAAUCGCUGUGCCGAGUGCGUCAACUAGAGAAGUUCCCAUCUCCAGAGAAGCAUCUGUCCGGAAGGAAGCACCCCAUCAACCCCAACAGCGGUACCAAUCGCAUGGCGAACACCGGAGUAAUGGCCCAAGCAUAACACAGCAAUGGGGAAAUGCGCAAUCAGCACAUCACCAAGAUCCCGAAUCCGGGCACCCUAAGCGCAAUUUGAGCUUCCGUGAGCGCGCCGCUCGCGACGAUGUAAAUAUUCCCCAGCAUGAUGUUGAGGACGCUUAUGUUGAACAGCCCUACACUCACAAAGAGAGUGCUCAACCCCAAGUGCCAGCUUCGUCAUCUGUGGCGCGAAAUGGGAGCAGCAGAUCGAAACCUAACCCUCCUAGAGACAAUCAGCACCGUCCACGAGGAGACGAUGAUUUCUCGCAAACUGCUAGCCCUGGGCCAUCCAGCCACCACAAUUCUGCGGCACAGCCAAGUAGAGCAAGAGACCACAACAGAAGACAAUCAAUAGACACAAGGGAUCGCGCCAUCUACCAGCCUGAGGCAAGCGGUGAUUAUCCACAGGGCCUUCAGCGUAGAGCUACAGAGCCUGUCCAUGGAAAACAGCGUGCACAGCCUGAUCUCGCUGCCCGGCCAGUCGCUAGAAGUAACACGGUCAGGCAGGAGGUGGCACCACGGCACCAUGGCGAGGGGCCUUCAGCACAGCGUUCGGAGCAAGAAUCUUAUUUGCCCGUCCCUGCUGCCAACCCCUCCAACCAAUCACAGAUUAACAGGGAAAGUAUGCAUCCCGGCGAAGGGCUCUACAAGUCGCCAGUUUGGCUAGACGAGUGGAAAAAAGCAACCGUCGGCUUACUUGCGGGGUCGAUGCUGAAGCUAUCUAGAGACCACACAUCUCAUGAUAUCCCAGCUUCCAGCGAUAGGAAUAAGGCCUGGUGGGAGGCUGGCGGCCACCGGAAAACCUCGAGCUAUUCGGGUAGACAACGGCGAGCUGAAGCCUUUGAGGGAGAGUACGACAAUAAUGAUUCUCCAACUCGAUUCAAACCACCGCUGUACCUGGAGUGCGGUCCACUCCUCAGAUACUGCGGUAUCCGCCGCGAAAAGUUGCAGCCGCGCACCGGCGGUGCAAGUGGGGAGAGAGAUAUAUGGCGAGGGAGUAUAAUGAUUGUGACACGGAAUUCGGAUUCGUCGUACGAAAUCGCCCCGACGCUUCGGUUAUUUGUCCAAGACAUCGAGCUUCUUCCUACCCCUCCACACAAGGUCAACGGCGAACUCUCGCCCGAAUACGUUGACCCAGUCGCCGGCCAUCCCAAGCUUGGUCGUCGUGGCGAAACCUUGUACGUACGGCCGGUAGAUCACCUGGAUGAGGGCAUAGAUCUGUCUCAGGAUGAAACCGAGGAUGGCUUAUUUGAAUCAACAAGAAGCCCUCCGGAUCCAGAGGAUCCCGCGGACUCCCAUGGCAGCUUCGCGAGCAGGAUGAAGCGCAUCGAACUUGACGGUGAGAAGGCGCAAAAGUACAAGGAUGUUAGAGGCUUCCGACUUCACACCGAGAAGGGAGUGACAUUUUGGAGGUUCAAUAUAGAAGUUGAGCUUCAGCAGAACCAGCAGCGAAUUGCAUACCGUAUUAAUCGAGGACCAGCCAUGGCUUUCUGGGUGCCUGCACAAGGGAAAACGAUGAACAUCAUGUUCCACAGCGGCAACGGUUUUAGCAUCGACGCCAACACGGAUGCUGUGAGCGGCCCUGACCCGAUGUGGCGCGAUGUGUUGAACAGUCACCAGAGCUCACCAUUCCAUGUCAUGAUCGGAGGAGGCAACCAAAUAUACAAUGACUCCGUUGCUGAGCACUGCAAUCUGUUCAUUCGCUGGCUUGAGCUGAGGAGUCCCGCCGAUAAGCGGUCAGCUCCAUUCUCGGCCCAUCUGCAGAAGCAGGUGGAGGAGUUCUACCUGCAACAAUAUUGCCAAUGGUUUUCCUCUGGUCUUUUUGGCCUUGCGAAUUCGCAGAUCCCCAUGGUGAACAUGUGGUCAGAUCGUGAAAGUUUCCAUGGCUUUGGGUCAUAUCCCGAUAAGGAUAUGAGCUCGCCAGUCCUGUCAGGUAUUGGGGCUGUUGCUUUUAAAUACUACAUGUUGUUCCAACAUCAAACCAUCAUCCCAGAAACGCAGGCUUCUGAGCCAAGUUGGAUAAUGGGGUCUGAGCCUGGACCUUAUGUCAACGAGCUGUCGCGAAGUCUUUACAUGUCUUUGGGCUCAAAGGUCUCACUUCUCGCCGUCGAUUGCCGAACUGAGAGGACCGAGCUCGAGGUAAUGAACGAGAACACUUGGGAAGCUAUCAAUGAUCGAGUGUACAACGAAUUCAGACGAGGCCAAGUUGAACACCUGCUUGUUGUAUUUGCGAUCCCGUUGGCAUAUCCUCGCUUGGAUUGGCUUGAAAAUAUUUUCUCCUCCCGGGCGAUGGAUCCCAUCAAACGUCUUAGCCGAAGGGGUCUCUUUGGUAAAGGGCUCAGCAACAUUGAGAAUGGCGCUGAGGUGAUGGAUGACCUACGGGACCAUUGGACAGCCAGGAAUCACAAAGAGGAGAGAAACUUUGUGAUUGAGGAUUUCCAAGAUCUAGCCAUUGAUAAGUCGCUCCGAGUGACAAUACUCAGCGGUGAUGUCAAUCUUGCCGCAGUUGGUCAAUUCUGUUCCAACCCCAAGCAGGGGCUGGCCAAACACAGGGAUCCCAGAUAUAUGCCGAACAUCAUAUCGUCGGCAAUUGCGAACACGCCACCCCCUGACAUUGUGGCAGAUGCACUAAAUAAGCGGCAUAAGGUUCACCAUUUUGACAAACAGACCGACGAAAGUAUGAUCCCAUUGUUCUCAAACGGCGUUGACGGCAAGCCGAGGAAUAACAAGCGUCUUCUACCCCAUCGCAACUGGUGUUCUAUCCGGAGGUGGGAGCCAGGCACCACGCCACCAUCGACACCUGAACCCCCCUCAAUUCCUGAGGAAGUUCCAAGCCCACAGCAAGCGCCUGAAAGCAGCGCAGGUGGUGGAGGUGGUGGAGGUAGUGCAGGUGGAAGUGGUGGUCUUUUCAGAAGGUUUUCUCUGAGCGGACCUUCGCACCGGCCCGACAUGUCCAAGGAAUCUGUACGGGGUCCCAAACCCCCCGUUUCUGGAGGGCUAUUCCGUAGCCUCUCACGCCGACUGUCGCGAUCAGAGCCCAAGGGACCCAAGGAACCCAAAUUACCGAAGGAGGAGGUUCAACCCCCGCCAUUGACAAGAAGCAUGUCUCUAGGGCAGGGUGAGGCGACCCAAAAGCGAGGCCUUUUCAGCUUCCUGAGACGCGGUAGCCAGAAGCAAAAGAACAUGGCUGUCGCCAGUAGCGAUAACUUUGCGCCCAGAGAUGACUUUUCGCAAAGAGACAACUUCUCCCAGAGAGAUAAUUUCUCCCAGAGAGAUAACUUCUCCCAGAGGGACAACUUUUCCCAGAGAGACAACUUCUCCCAAAGAGACAACUUCUCCCAGAGGGAUAACUUCUCCCAAAGAGACAACUUUUCGCAGCGAGGUAACUUUGCGCCAGAAGAUGACGACGACGAUUACUACGAGACUCAAUACUAUGGGCGAGAACGUCCAUCAGGCCUUCGGGGAGGCGCAGCAUACGAAGAUGAGUACUCAGAAGGCGAUGAUGCGUAUUUCCACUCAAGGCCACCUCAAAGGACGCAGGCGAUGGGCUCGACCCAGUUUGAUGACGGCUCUGUGCCGCCCCAAGCGUUGAAGCCAUUCAUGCGGACGCCAACUGGCCUCUCAACCAAGCAGAUGAAGAAGGCAGAACAGUAUGAGGUGGACCUCGAAGGCGGGCUGGAUAUCUGUCUCAACGUCGAAGUCAAUCCCAAGGAUCCCACCGGCAUCACUGUGCCAUACCGAUUACUAGUUCCAAAGCUCUUCUAUGAGUACUCAUCCGAAAAGGAUGACAUCCCAGAAGAGCAACCGAAUGCAUUCAAGAGAUUUUUGAGUUUCAAGAAGAAGGAAAAGAAGCCGGGCGAGAAUCAACAGAAUGACUACUACGACGAGACUGAAGAGGAUUCUGACGAACAAGAGAGCCAAGUAGAUCCGAGGUCUUGA